AUGUUUCUCACCAUAGCUCAAAUCAGACCAGCACACCUUUUGGUGUCCACCACGCCUCUGGAUGGCUAUGGAUGUGAGGUGACGGAGCAGAGGUGGUUCUCGGAUAGAGGCUUCGAGACGGCGGACAUGGGAAAUCCAGUUUCGUUUGGUCGGGGAAGUGGAGAUCCAUUUAAAAAGAAUUCGAGGAUGGAGAAAUCGGAGACGGCAACGGCAACGUUCGUAGUGAGUGGAGGAUGCAGUUGCGCUUGA